GAAGUGCAACAAGCACUCUACUAGGCCGACAUUGACAGCUGAGAGACCAACUUGCAGUAUCAUAAUAGUGCAAAUUAUUGCUUAGUUGGCUCCCUUCAGAAUCUACUACAUAAAGAACUACCGUAAACUAUGUUAGAUGGCUAUUACGGGUAUUAAACUCGAAAUUUUCAGAAAAAGAAGUAACUACAACCAAUUACAAUGCAUACCCUUAUCGCAAGGGCAACAGAAUAAACAUGCCACUGUUUGACACCAACUCUUUUGAUCCCCUCCAAAGCUAGAGGAAAAGAGUGAGUGAGUUCACCACAUACCACUGGCUUUGGUCUACGGUUGACACAACUCCUCGACUAAUUGGUCAAAAUAUCUUGUGACCACCAACUAGCAAGCACCAAAUUGGAUGUUCUAUCAGCUUCUCCACAUCCUAAAACAGUGAAUACUGAAUGCUGAGAGGCUUGCUGACUGCCCAAAAAAAAACCUUGACAAAAAGUUAGUGGGGUAACUAACUAGGAGUAAAUUCAAUAGUAGACCUUGAAAGAAACUUUGGCAAAGUCAUCAUAAAUGCUCUUCACGUCUCAUGUACUAUGUUAUGGAAUGGUCACAUUUCUCUUUACAUUAAAGCUAGUUCAUGUAAAAAAGUUGAGGCCAGUAAGAGUAGUUCAACUUUCAAUAUAAUUCCACCUUCCCCCACCCCCUUGCUGGCCCACUUCUGUACGGAACACCAAUCAGAAUCUUUAGUUCAUCUUAACACCAAAGCAUCUCCACUUAGUCACUUACUAGACUUCACAUAGGAGGAAAAGUAUGGAACUGGUGGUCCUCACACGUACUUGCCUUUCUUUUUUUACCUUGGUUCAAGUUUCAUACUCUUUCAUCUGGCUUCCUCACUCUAUUUUGGCACAACUAGUUUCUCCUCACAGGGAUGGAAACUAACAAAUGGGAAGGGAAGAGAAGCAUUAAUGAAGCUGAAGAGGAAGAGGAUGAACAUGAAAGUGUUGAAGAGGACAGCAAAAGGAAAAGGGUAUUGACUCUCUCUGGUAGGAAGCUAGCUGGUGAAGGGUCGGCACAUCCUUCUUGCCAGGUCGAUCAGUGCACUGCAAAUAUGGCAGAUGCCAAGCCAUACCAUCGCCGCCACAAGGUGUGUGAGUUCCAUUCAAAGUCUCCAAUAGUACUUAUUAGUGGACUCCAGCAGCGAUUCUGUCAGCAAUGUAGCAGCUGCUUUCAGAUUCCCAAGUAUAGGAGUAUAUCAUUUUCUAAUGAGCAGGGGCAACACAGAGCUUUUAAUGAGAAUUUUCAAUUGUUCGCAUGAUGAGGUGCAGAUUUCAUCUGUUAGCAGAGUUUGAUGGUGCUAAAAGGAGUUGCCGAAGGCGUUUGGCAGGUCACAAUGAGCGCCGCCGUAAAAUUACAUAUGACUCUCAUGGAGAAAGUUUGGGCUGAAGCAGCAUCAGCAUCAAUGGCAGCGAAAUAACCUACUUUCUGAAGCAAAUUACAUAAACAAGAUGUGGUUUAAGCAUGCUCUCUAUCUUCUGUCAAUUCCAGGAUUUGUAAGCAAAUUGCUAUCUGUGAACUUCAAGUAUCUAGCUAAUAGUACUUUCAUUUCCCUUAUGUAAAGGGAAGGACAAAAAGAAUAAACCGCUGGCACUGUCUGCUAGUAUUCAAAAAAUGAAAUAUUUGUAGUAUCAAUACAUAUCACAUGGUGCUCGAAAGUCUUCCAUGUUGACAUUCCAACUCA